AUGGCACAUGUGCCUUCCACAGCGUUGGUCGUUGCCAUGCCGCCGGGAACCCGAGGCCGAUCUUCUGCUGCGGCUCGUCAUUCGACAACCCAAGCCCUCGUGGCGCAGAUUGUGGAGGCCGUGAAAGAAGCCGCCGACGCAAGAGACGCCGCGGAUGCGAAUGUGCAGCGGCUUUGGCGCACCCUGUCCGACGCCUACGGAGAAGAUCUAGCAGCCAACUCCCACCGAUCUAAGCCGUUUCGGGAGUUCAUCAUGGAGGAGAUUCCAGAAGAGGUCCUGCGAUCUGUUCUAGAGUUUUCCUUCCAGACUUCCUUCAGAACAAAUGCCGAAGCAAGGCUGCUGCAACAGGUCAGCCAGACGUUUGAUCUGAAUACGUGGGCCAUUAUCUACGUUGCCUUCGGCACCACCGUCUCAGCAUCUCGCAGAUCACUUCGAGCGUUGCACAAGUUAAAGAAAGCCCGUCCAGAAUUGACGUUUGACGAAGUCGCCGAUGCCGCUGAAGCAAGUCGUAAACGUCGUUUGGGCACCAAGUAUCGUCCUGGGUUUCAGCCGCCCAUGCAGCUCAAUGACAUCCUCACCGCGGUUGAAUCUUUUGACGGCCCACAGAAUCCAGAGCAGGAAGAGACAGGAGCCGACCAAGAGACAGAAGACGAUCAUGGGACCGAAUCCGACCAAGAGACAAAAGCUGACCGAGAGAAAAAAGAGGAGGAGGCAGGGCAAGACGAGUCAGAACAGGAGGAACAGGGGCGAGGGCUCCUCAGAAACCCAUCUGCCGAUCAACAGACCCCCAAGGCCGCCGGCAUAGAUGCGGAAACGCCGUCACGUCUCAUCGCCAGUCCUGCAAGCAACAGCACGCCAGCAUGCGUCUCAAAUUACUCCAUCAACGAUGGUUCAAGUCUUCUGCAAGUUUUCCAGCUAGAGGAUGAGCACAACGCCGGAAACAACUCGGUGGAACCAGAAACAGGGCAAGGUGCCCAUGCAGUACCGCAGAGCCCAGAGGGUCAAGAAGAGCUGGUGCCCGACGAUUAUUCCUGCAAACGUCUCUCAUUCUCGUCUUUACCCAAGAUCAGCCGCAUUUUGCCGAGGGAAAGAAGCCUGGGGGUUAGUUUUGGCAACAACAUGUUCGAAGUCAGUGAUGAUCUACGUUCACCCUCGCCAGCCCCUAAGACACCCUUCAUCAAGUCGGACAAACCUCCCAUUGAUGAAGAUGACAACCGGCACACCUCGUGGCUUCAGUCUGUUUCCUCAGGCUUCAAACUUCCUUGGAAAUCUCCAGACGUCAAGUCGGCUUCGUCGUCAGGUGCUACCGCCAACGCCCAUCUGGGAAAACGAGACUUGAAAGAAGAGUUAGAAGGGAAUAAGCCGAAGCGCCCCAAACUACAUGAUUUUCAUGAUGGAUCCACCGAUCCAGGUCAGGACACGCCUCCGUCGAUAAACAAGCCACCAUCGGUUGAUCAUAUCAUUGAUCUAAGUCCUUUGCGAGCUGGACAGUGGCUGAAUGACAACAUCGUGAACAUGGCCACCGAGCUCGCAACGGCUGCCUCACCGAGCAGUUUUCUCUUCAUUGAGUCAUGGUUGUUUUCUAGCAACGCUCAGAAGUCAAGAGCGACCGAGAUGAAACUUCAGGAGUCUCCCGAGGCCGACAUACUGACGCCUAUCAAUGUCCAAAAUACCCACUGGACUUUAAUGCAUAUCCAUCGAGCCACAAAGACCGCAAUCAUCUACGACUCGUUGGGACAGGGCCUCUCAACAGAGGAGAAAGCGCAGCAAUGCCUCUGUCAGCUUCAUCGCUUGUUCCCAAGUCAUUUCCCGGAAGACAUGGUCCUAGAGUGGGGGAAGUGCGCCAGGCAGCCAAAUUCGAGUGAUUGCGGCAUUGCGACCAUUAUAAAUUCCAUAUCUAUUGCCUCGGGCUUAUCGCCAGCACUCAGGAUUCCCUGGAACGUCUAUCGGCCAUUGAUAGGGUUUCUACUUGGAGUUCAUGACGAUGAAACAGUAGCCACUGAGCUGAUUAAGAAGACAAAAUUACAACCGCUUGAGACAGAAUUGACAAGCAUUCCGUGGAGAGCCGCGACGCCACCGGCUGAAACCUCACCAACCUCCCUUGCAGAUGCUGUAAUGCUCCAGCGGAAGAUGAGUGAGGCCCUGGAGCGCGCAGAGUCACGCCGCCUGGAAGCUCUUGAUGGCCUGAUCAACGACAGGAGCGUAGAGGUCGACAUGCUGAAAGAGAUCUUCAAUUCGUGCGAGAUAUUGAAGGACAAGGCAACGUGCACGGCCAACAAGGCCAAGGCAGAUAUUGAUGCUACAUUGAACGAAUUCACAAGCCUCGUCGACAAUGCAUACCAAUGGGUUAUGGACCCCGCACAGUCAGAAUGGGCGGUGGGAAGCGGCAGCCGGAUGGAUGAGCUCACUCAACAACGGCGCCGGGCGGAGAAGAGAAGCAGUCUUGCUGGUUUGGCCCGAAGGGGUUUUGAGAGAGUCAAGGAUGAGCUAGCAACUCUCAUAGACGCCUAUCAGAAGAGCUUAGAUGAGCUUAACCAGGAGAAGUCGCGCUGGGGGGUCAUCGUGUCGCCUCAAGGACUAGCAACCGGCCGCUGUACGGCCUAG